UUCAUCGCCAAUCCACAAAGCUUCACCAUGACUGCUUUUGGGAUUUUUCUGACAAUCACAUCUACUUUCGCGGCCAGCGGUCUAGCUCUACCGAAUCUUCGCCUGGCCACCCGAUCGACUUGCUCUUCAGAUCGUAUCGUCGGAGGUUAUCCCGCCAACAUCACCGAUAUACCCUUCCAAGUUUCCCUUCAGCAUCAGCUCGGUCACUUCUGCGGUGGAUCCAUCAUCAGUGGCAGGUGGAUUUUGUCGGCCGCCCAUUGUGCUGGAAGCAGUGAUAACCCGAUGAUCAACGUCCGUGUCGGGUCCAGUUUGUCCGACGAAGGUGGUCUACUGGUGGCGGCCAAACGCUUCAUUCAACACCCGCAAUACAAUUUCGAAACGCUUGAUUAUGAUGUUGCCUUGUUGGAAUUAAGUGAAGAGUUGAAACUGGAUGACCAAUUCUACGCCGUUCAGCUCCCGGAGCAGGACGAACCGGUGAACGAUGGAACCUGUCUGCAGGUUUCCGGAUGGGGUGAUACACAAAACGCUUACGAGAAUGGAUACCAACUCAAGGCGGCUACAAUUCCGAUAGUCAAUCAGAAGGAAUGUGCCCAAUCAUACGAAUGGUUCGGAACGGUGACACCACGCAUGCUGUGCGCUGGUUUUGACAAGGGAGGAAACAAUGCCUGCCACGGCGAUUCUGGCGGUCCGCUGGUGAUGGAUGGAAACAAGCUGGUAGGGGUGGUUUCUUGGAGCUUCGGAUGUGCCGAAAAAAAUCAUCCCACAGUUUUUGCAAGGGUUGCAUCCGUUCGCAGUUGGAUCAAGGAAAUAAGUGGAGUUUAACAGUUCGUCACUGAUUUUAAUUUAAGUUUACAAUAAUUCAUCACAUAACUGUACAUCAUAAUAUAAGUACAUCUAAUAUAGUUGCAUAAAAAAAUCUGUUCCGA